AUGCCCGGUGCAAACCUCGCCGCCUACCUGGCGAAGAAUUAUCUCACCGCCUCGAAUGCCAAAGGCUCCUCCCAUGACGAGACCACUUCACCAGACUUCCAAGACUCAGCGCGCCCGAAGAAGAAGCGGCGGAAGAACAAGGACUCGUCCAACCCAGGUGGCCUCGUGAUCGCGGACGACGAUGAAGGGCUGUCUCUUUCACGACGAACACAGGCCGGGGUCGCGGGCGCAGCCGACGACGACGUCGACGACACCCCGAUCUUCGACACGAACGUCAAGUCCGCGGAGUUUAGAAAAAAGAAAGGCGCCAGCGCAUGGAAGGUCGUCGCCACGGGCGGUCCCACUACGGGAUCUACAGAGUCAGCACAACAAAAAGGCGGAGACACUCGCCACGACGAAGGAGACGCCGCCGCCGCCGAAGCGAACCGGGUCCUCGCCGAGGCGGCUGAAGAAUCGCGCCUCCGCCAGCGGGCCAUUGAAGAUGAGGACGCCCCUGCCGUCGUCGAGGCGCCCGACGGGGACGACACCACGGCGGCCCCGCGCAUGCAAUCCGGCGCCAAAGCCGGGCUACAGACCGCCGCGGACACGGCCGCGUUGAUCCGUCGCGAAGAAAUGGAGGCAGAAGCAGAGGCACAACUCGCGCUGGAGAGGUCGAGGCGGAAGAGUUCGAAGACCAAGAAAUCGAAACACAAAGACACGCGUGGCUUGGAGGACGAGGAGGUGGAAGAAACAAUCUACAGGGACGCCACGGGCCGGCGCAUCGACGUGAGUCUCAAGCGCGCCGAGGCCCGCGCCGCGGAGCAGGAGAAGAUCCGCGCCGAAAGAAAAGCCAAGGAAGACGCGAUGGGCGAGGUCCAACGGCGCGAGCGCGAUGAGAAGCGGCAACAGCUCGAGGGGGCCAAGUUCCUGACCCUCGCGCGCGGCGUGGACGACGAGGUCAUGAAUGACGAGUUGAGGGGCAAGAUCCGCUGGGAUGAUCCCAUGGCUGAGUAUAUGGCGCAGAAGAGGGCGGAGGAGGAGGAGGUGGUGGUGCACGCCGACGACGUGGCCAAAAGCGUGGCGUCUGCUUCUGCGCGACGUGGCCCAGCAAAGUCCCGUGGCCCAAAUGGCGGGGAGGCGCAUGUCCGGAAGAAGGUGUAUACCGGCCCGCCGGCCGCUCCGAAUCGGUAUGGAAUCCUGCCGGGGUGGCGGUGGGAUGGGGUCGAUCGGAGUAAUGGGUUUGAGAGGGAGUGGUUCCAGGCGCGGUCCAAGAAGGGCAGGAUGGAGGAGUUGAGUUAUCAGUGGCAGAUGGACGAGUGA